AAUGUCUUUAUUUGCACAGUUAUAUAAAAGGGAUGAUCCAUAGGACAUGUGCUCACAUCAGAAGUUGCUUUUAUUUAGUGAUUUAGUCAAUUCAAUUGAACUGUUUAAAGAUGUUUAAGUUUAUAUCACUAGCACUUGUUAUAACUUUGGUUAAUGGCCAAAACAUUUUCACUACAAACGGUGGCUUAAAUAGUCGUCUUAUAUCAUCAUUGGGUCACAAUCAAGACGCUCAAUAUGUGUUAGUCCAGGUGCAACCACAACAAGACACACACAGUCACUACUUAUCUCCCUACCUAAGCCAUCAAACUGUUGCCGUUCAGCCACAAACCACUAUUGUAAGAGCCGCUGCACCCGCACCACGAAUUAUUGCUGCCCCUCAGCCCAAACCAAUUGUCUAUUCAGCACCCGCACCAGUAGCUCGCGUUCAAGAGCAAUAUGGACCGGCAGAACCAUACAGCUUUGGUUUCCAGUCCACUGAUGAACAGGGAAACAGUCUGAGCAGACAAGAACAGUCCGAUGGAUCCGGUGCUGUCAAAGGCAGUUACUCAUACGUUGACUCUAAUGGUUUGAAUCGUAUUGUUGAAUACAUUGCCGACUCCGCCGGUUAUAGAGCCACUGUAAAGACCAAUGAGCCGGGAACUGCCAACGCCAACCCCGCCGAUGUCCAGAUCGCCGCUGAGGAGCCGCCGUCAGCUGUCCAGCAAUUAGUGGCCGCGUACUCAACGCCCAGAGCCAACAAACUAAACAAAGCUUAAGUUUGUUGUAAAUAUAAUCAUUUAUAAUACACAGUAUUUGUUAAUAAACUCGUAGACCUUAAACAAGAUAAAUACAUAUACACUACUCGGUGACGGAACCAUUAUAUUACGUCCAUAUGAUCUAACUUUUUCUUAAAUCAAUCAU